GAGUCGAGCCUCGUCAUUCAGUCGUGUCGCGUCGGUUCGACGGCGCGGACUACUGUUUUGACGUUACAACGUUGUCGUGCACCGCGGCGCGUGUGUUCGAAAAUCAAAUUGUGCUUUUUACUUUUUUUAAUUUUAUCUGUGCAGUGCAAGGAUUUGAUACCAACGGAUUAAAAAGAGAUUCCUUCGGUUUCACUAAAGAGGCCAUUAUUGUCUCGUAUGUAACCUGAAGGAUAGCUGACAACCACAGAGAGGGUUGACACCCCCAAUACCAAAGAUGCGAGGAGUGUGGUGGUUUGCGCUCGUGGCGCUUGUCACCGUCCUGGCUGAGACUGUAGAAGAUACAAAAAGUGAAUCGGUAGAAAGCGCCAGCGCAUCAACGGGGAGUUCACAAGAAGACGAGGAUCCAAAGGAGACAUGGAUGAGAGCUCCCAGCAGUGGUGUCACGGUCAGGAGCGGAGAGGACGCUCUCCUUACGUGCGUGGUGCUGGGGGCCAGGGGCAAACCGGUACUGUGGAAGCGGGCGAGUGACCGGCAGCUCCUAACCGCUGGGGGAGUCAAAGUCACCAGGGACGAGAGGGUACACGUCCUGCAUGAUGACACCGACGAACCGCUCCAAGGUCCAGGCAUCAUGAAGGGUGGCGACGUGUGGGCGCUCGUCAUCAAGUCGGUGAAGGCUUCGGACGCCGGCCUCUAUACGUGUGAACUGAACACUGAGCCGCCCGUAAAAAGCUUCCAUAGGUUGACUGUGAUAUCCCGAGGGCUUACGCCACCAGAGCAGCAAAAUGUAACAGACAGUUACUCAGCCAACGCACCGACGCCGUCGUCGUUGGCUCUGUCACACAACUACACGGAUUGCUGUUUAGCUGCGAACAUUAGCAGCGCCUGCUUAGGCUUCUGCAGUAUACAGACAAUUCUAGAAGGAACCGGACAAGACCCAGAGACGUGUCAGCCCGACUUCCCCGCUAUUGUCAAGUGUAUGGCAGACGGACGGAACCACGUACCAUGCUGUGUCCAAGAACGCGUACCGGAUAUUUGCCAAGACGUGUGUCGAGGGGAGUUCACACCAGUCACAGACAAUAUUAAGACACACUACUCCUGCGCAUCUUAUAUGGAGAAGACUUUGGCCUGCAUUGUGGAAGGCAUUGAACUUCUCCCAAGCCCACCGGAAGAAGUAGAAGUAGAGCCAUUGAACGAGAAGCAGCUGAACGUAUCCUGGCUUCCGCCAAUAGAGAACAGUGACACAGUCACAGAGUACAUCGUGAACGUAACCACGUUACGUUCCUUUGACGCCCACCUGAUAGAUCCCUCAGAGAGUUCUAUGAAGAAUGAUACGGCGAGAACCAUCCAAACUGUAGCAUAUAAGGUGCAGGCAAAUAAAACUUAUUUGGUGUUGGAUGAUCUACUGCCAUUCACUAUGUAUGAAGUCACCGUCACGUCAUACAACAUUCAUGGAUCCAGUCUUCCUAGUUAUGCUAUCAGAUCUUUGACCCUAACACCUGGUAAAAUGAAGUCCACCCAGGUAGCAGCAGCCCCAAAACUGCCCGAUGUCAAAGGUUGCUGCAUAUCCGCCGGCGUGAACCACCACGGCUGUGUGGAGAAACUCUGCGACCCCACCAAGACAUUUGAGAUUGACCUGCAGGUCACAGAUCUGAUGAUAUGUGCCCCCUGGGCGGGAGUCACGUUCGGGUGCCUGGCCAACGGGAUGGACCAUACUCCUUGCUGCCGAUCCAGGGGCCUGCCAGAGCCCUGUCUCCCGCUAUGCAGUGGGAAUAUCACGACAUUGGACUUCAAUCAUUUUAAGUGCCUCCGCUAUAUGAACUCCUACACCAACUGCCUGCUGGAAGGCUACGGGGUGCUCCCCGGCGCCCCAGCAGGGGUCUACCUGACCAACAUCGACACGGACUUCGCCGUCGUCCACUGGUCACCGCCCGCCGCCCUCGGGGACACCGUCCAGUCAUACAAUCUGCAUUACAGAACUGUAAAUUCUGAAGACGACUACAGAGCUUUAGAAAAGAUACAUCCGCCUUUCAUCUUAGAAGACUUAGAAUCGAACACAGAAUACGAAAUCUACGUGGAGGCGGUCAACGAACACGGCGUUGGAGCAGCCUCGCCGAGAGUUAUCUUCAGAACACAGAGCCAGGUUUACGUAGAUGAAGAAGAAGAAGCAAAUGCCUAUAACGUGACAGAGUGCUGUGAAAAGGUCCAACUGGCUGGAGUAUGUAUGCCGCUGUGUUCGUACGACGCCAAAAUGUCUGAUCUACGUACACUUGCGCCUUUGUGCGCUUUAGAAUUCCACAAGCUGUUGCGUUGUGGAGCUGGAGGCCGCAACCACGCGUGGUGCUGCGCGCGGCGCGGCGUGCCGGCCGAGUGCCGCGGCGCGUGCGCGGGCGCCGCCGCCGGCGCGCUCAACGCCUGCGUGCCCUACAUCGGCAACAUCGUGCAGUGCUUCGAAGAAGGUACUGGGUUACUGCCGGGUCCUCCGCGUGAAGUCCACGCCACGGUGUCCAGCAAGGGCGCUGUGAUACUCGAAUGGGUAGCGCCACAAGAAGCCGAUAACGGGACCACUUAUAUAGUGCACUGGCAGAAGAUCAACAAUAAUACGCAGCCAUACACUUACAACACACUUCCAGCUUUCUCCCAGGGUAUGAUGAACGAAACCAAUACAACGUCAAUAGAGCUUCAUUCGCUCAUUCCCAACAGCACUUACCAGAUGUUCGUAGUAGCUCUGAAUAGUCACGGAUCAUCGCUGCCUUCCAGUAUGGUCAUCUUCAACUAUACACAAGGAGAAGAAAAAGAAGUCUCUGGAAUACCAUCGCCGCCCCAUUCGUUGUCUGUAUCGUCACAUUCGGCAACAUGGCUGACACUCACUUGGCAACCACCACAAAUUUCGCUGCCUGACGAGAAGAUAUCCUAUACACUUUACUUCAAAUCGCCCACACAACUUGGACAAAGCAACGUGACCAGCAUAUCUACGUCGGUACCAGGCCACACACUGGAGAGUCUGACGCCCAACACCCAAUACGUGGUGUGGGUGAAGGCCCACACUGCAGCAGGCGACUCGUUACCAUCAGAGACCUUGCUGGCUUGGACGGACCCUGCGUACCCUGCGUAUGUUGAGCCACCAACUGUGAACCCAGUCAACCUCGUAGUGGAAGGCUCCAGCAUGACAAUCCUGUGUAUCGCCAUGGGUACACCAACACCGACUAUAUCGCUAUAUAUAUCAGGUCGACUGGUGAGGCAGGAGGUGACCCGACACAUGGUGACGGUGAUCCACAACGUGACCCGCGAUAUGGACCAGAUCUCCUGCUACGCGGACAACGGCUACGGGACACCGAUGCAGGCCUCCAGGAAGAUCAACAUAUCGCAUAUACCGACAAUUCAAGCGUCAGGCAUAACAAUGGCUGCCGCCGGCGACUCCGUGAUAUUAGAAUGCAGAGUUGAAGCACUGCCGAAACCGACUAUUGCAUUUUGGAGGGAGCCCAACGGCAGGAACCCUGUGAUUGAUGGUCCCAACUAUACCAUUCAACUAUUGGCCGACCCUGAGGAGCCAACGAAAUACACGAUGCGACUAAUAAUAAAGAAGAUAACAGAAGCAGACGAAGGUGACUACUUCUGUCAUGCGGAGAAUGCCUUCGGGAAGACCCUGAGGCCGGUCUCUGUGAGACUGCGGCCAACAUCGCCGCACCACAACGUUACCGAAUGUUGUACACAGAUGAACGUGUCAUCGGCGUGCAUCGACGCGUGUAGCUUCCACAUCGACAUGGACAACAUCAUGGACAGGCCUGAAUGUCUCGAUGACUUCGAUAAGCUCAUGAAGUGCGCCGCCGAUGGCUCUGAUCACCGCAGCUGCUGCGCGUCGUGGGGCGUGCCGCGCGCGUGCCUGGAGCUGUGCCGCGGCGGCACGGUGUCGCGCUCGUGCGCCAUCCAGCACGCGCGCCGCGCGCUCGCCUGCUUCCGGGACACGGGCGGCAAGCUGCCCGGACCGCCCAGGAACUUGAAGGCCCAUGUGGCGCCGACACCACACUCUGUACUGCUCAGCUGGGAUCAACCGCUAAAGAAUCCGCAGACAGUAUACCUGUACCGUGUGUUUUGGAGGGCGUACGGCGCCAAAGUGCCAGAAAAAUUGGACACCAGCGAGACGAGCGUCGUGCUAACAGGCUUGCAGGAUGACGUGCGUUACGAAUGCGUGGUGAAGGCUGCCAAUGAUGUUGGAACAUCAUCUCUGAGCCUACCGAUCAUGUUCACGACCGCGGGACAAGAGACGGGCGCCGCAGCCGCACCGGUGUCCAGCUCGAGCAGUGCGACGGCCGUCGGCCUGGCGGUCGCCUGUGUGCUCGUUGCGGCUAUACUGUUAGCUGCUGGCCUCUACUAUAGGCAUAGAAAGAAUCUCAGAUUAAAAGCACAAGGAGGAGUAGCAUUUGAAAAUCCAAGUUAUUUAAGGGAGCCGAAUCCCGACACCAUUGUGAAUGGAACAGUACCAAACGGUAACGCGAACGGAGGUAAUGGUGUCGCCAAUGGAGUGUCAAAUAGCUCAGCGUGGAGACAGGAGACACUGCAAAAUCCAAGUACCACUAUUCCCGCCGCUCGCGAGGUGGACCCAACUCUGUACGAGGAGCUGAAGCUCGGGCAGGACGGUGCCGGGUUCAAACGGCUGAAGCCAUAGCCCGAGGCAGCGCGCCGCUCCCCGCUGCGGUCGCCGCGGCUGUCGUCGCCGCGGGUAGCGCCGCGCUACUGAGCGGCCGCGGGCCCGCGCGCGACUAUUUAUACGCCCCCCACACGGCGUGACGUCACAGUAUUCUCCUCUCGCUCGCACCCGUUAGUACCAAUAUUAAUAUAUAAACAGUAUCCUUUCGUUGUAUCCACCAAAUAUUAAUAUUAGAUGGUUGUGCAUUUGUUCGUAAUGCGAGCGAUAACUUUCUGAGAAUGUGUAUAUUUGUAACGGAUAGAUCAAAAUAUAUUAUGUAUCUAUAUUGUACAGUAGACUAUGUUAAAUAACUAAAGCAGCAGUUUGACAUGACGUGCGGCCAUAGCGGUUUGUAGAUAAAACGUUGAUAUAAAAUAUAUUUUCAUUAUUGUACUUGAUGUGAUUUUAACCAAAAAGAAAGGACCUCAUUUAUUUCUUGUCAUCUCAUGUACAUAAACUGGAGAAACGUAUUGUUAGAACAAUAUUAGGUCACACUGCUUCGGCGUUGAACUAAAUUUGUAAAGAUUAGGACAUUCUUUAAACAAAAAUGUGCCUUCGAACAAUUUAUGAAGUAGAUAGUAUUUAGUAAUAGUUACCACUUUAAUCUGUAAAAAUGUAUUGACUGUAUGAGAAAUUAUCUAAUAAUAAUAUGCAUUGCAAUUUAUAUAUUAUAUUUAUACAUACGAGAUCAAUGUAUAAACUAUUUCUGGUAUUUGUAUCCAAAAUAAAUACAAAUAAUUCAAUGUAAUAAUAUUUAAUCCCACUAGACAUUUCAAUACAAUAAAAUUACGUGUCUAAAGUCCUUAAAGACCAUCUAUUUAAUAGAAUAGAAUUGAAUACAUUAUUGAUUCUGAUUGGCUGCAAAUAUUUCCCAAAUGCUGAAAAUUACAAUCACCGGACACUCAAUCGAGCCAUUUUAAAAAACGGACUUUUCAAAAUUGGCUCGAGUUUGUAUAAACAGGUUAUGGGCCCAGAUGUUGAUGUACAAGUUCUAGCGUAGUAAGAAAUAACAUUAUUAUCUAGUGAGGUUUAAUAAUACUACAUUUAUAUCAAAUAAGUUGGACAAGUCUUAUUUUAAUAUGUGAGUAUUAUCUCUGUAGUUAUUUGGACUUAUAGGAAGCAUAUCAGUUACCGCUCGAUUGUUCGUAACAGUUCUGAUUUAAAAGCAAGUUCUGUUAGACUCUUGGCGAAUUGAACAUGUAAAAUAUAGCGUUGUAAUUUAAUUUUAAAAGAUUUUAUAAUUGGAAGUCUAUUAUCGUAUUAGAUUUACAUUUAUACUAAGCUCGUACCAAUCUAAACUUUAUAAUAUACAACAGAAGGUAUAAAAUAAUCAAUUUUAAAUGCGCUGAUCUUUCCAGAAAAUUCGCCAAAAGUACUAAUGCUAAUG